AUGGCAGCAGCAGUCUGUCUAAAGAAUAGAUGUCCCCAAAUGACAGCAGUACAGCUUUUGAAAACCAUAUUUAUUCAGCAUUCAGGUUUGAUGGUAAGUUGAUACACAGAUGAUAUAGUUAUGUAUUUUACUCUCUCUCUAUAUAUAUAUUUCUAAAGGCUCAAUUCUGAAGCUAAUAUGUACUAUGAAAUCUCAAAGUAAUCCAUUGUCUGGUUUGAUGCCCAUGCCAUUUUAUUGUAUCAUUUUAUCAUGUUUGUUCAAACUCACCUUCCCCCAGUUCGGAGGGGGGUAAAAAUUUCUUUGUGACAAUUGUAAAGCUGGAGUAAUAUGAGCAACAAAAUUGCUGCAACUUGCAAUAAAAUCUGAUUCCAAUGCAUGUUAAGUAGAAAUGUUGACACAUGUUGCCUCAUGAUUUGUAAUGUAUGUGUGAAUAUUUUCAAUUAACAUGCGUUGAAAUCAGAUUUUGUUGCAAGUUGCAGCAAUUUUGUUGCUCGUAUUACUCCACCUUAAGUGUAUUAGGACAUCCAAAGGCAGGGGGUUAACCCAUGAAGGAGCGAUGCACCCAAAUGCACCAUACUUUAUUCUUUUACCUUGUCUAACACCACACCAUUAUACUCGUCAAAAGGGAGAGUCUUGCACUUUAAUGGGUCAACUUUCACUUUCCUAUGUGGGGGAAGUAUGGAUUUUUACCGGAAUGACCCAAUGUGAAAACAACUGAAUUUAAUGUAUUUAUUAUUUUAGUCUACUCUGUGUCGACUCAGGGUUCAUCGCUUGGCUGUGUCCCAUACUUUCUUGUACAAGAAAUUGAAUGAAUAUGGGGAAAAGCACAAUGAAAAAAUUCUGGAAAAUGUUCUUAUCGAAGGGAAGAGAUUGAAAGCAGAAUUCGCUCAGAAAAAUGACGAGAUUGAUGAAAUAGAUAGCGGGAUUGUGAAUGCAGCUACAGAGGCAACUGAACCAGACAAUGGAAGAAAAAUUGUUUUUGAUAACUUUGACUUUAAGCAAAUUGUGCAUCAUAUGACUGAAACACAUCAAAAUAUUGAUAAUCAUUGGGUCAGUAAUAAGUGCACUGAAAACACAGUAUCUGGUAAUCAUUUAUCGACAGUGCGACUAAAGAAUUCUGCCAUCCUUGAUCUUGACAAUGGAAAGUUUAUCUCCAGCAAAGAAGAACACAUGCUGCAGAGACAAAAUUAUUCUACUCUUGUGUCACAAAUUAUUGUGAGGAACAUUGUUUGCUUACACUUUCUAAGUCAGUGUGCUCCACAGCAUAUCAAGCACCAGUAUCAAUCAGAAAUGAUGAAGAAAACAGAAACAGUAAGCUUACCUUUGCAAAUGUAUUAUUUAAUUUAUUCAAACUGAUUAUCUUGAGUAAGCAGGCAAAACUAAAAAUAAUGACUUGAGCCACUGUAAUUUUUUUUCAAUUUCACCUGAUUAUUGGGAAUAAAAAUUUUGGAAAACAGUACUACUGUACAUGCCAACUCAAAUGAUUCCUUUGGUGUUCAAAACAAUCAGAAAAUUUGAUCAUCUUAACUUCAUUAUACAUUUAACCCCUUAAGUGAUAGUGUGGCUCAAUGCACAAUACUUUAAUAUUUAACUCCGUCUAAUGUCAGAUAAUUUUAUACUUGACAAUGGUAAAGUGCUGGUACACAGUGGAUUAAUCAUAAUAUGAUGCUUGUGAUGUUACUCUGAGUGUAUAUCCACACCGGGCAAGCUUGAAAAAUAUGCCUGACCACGGUGAGAAUCGAACCUACGACCUUUGGAAUACUAGUUCGAGUAUGUGAUAUUUUGGAACAGAAUCUAGUUCCUUCGAUAUCAAUGUAAUCUAAUAAUCAUGCAUAUUUUUCAAGCUUGCCCGGUGUGGAUAUACACUCAGAGUAACAUCACAAGCAUCAUAUUCACCUAAGUACAUUACACCAACACAGAAAAAAUCAUAAUCAUACUAUGUUAUAACAUUGUAAAGUCCUUUAGGUUUCAAAUGCCACUCAAUUUGUUAAAUCAUAGAUAACCUGAAAGACAUGUCUUCUGGAUUGUCUAUGGUUAAAUGAACUUGAAAUCUUAAUUAAGCACAGAUAGAUCUUGCUUUACACUGUGUACUUCCACAAAUCUAACUUCCAGAAUAAGGGCCUUCACUAGAAACAUCGAAGUUUUGCUUGUAUUUUACAUAUCCUAGGGCUAGGCAACAACAUAGCGCAUAUAUAUAUACACACAACUACAUGAAAAAUACAAUGGAUCAUGAAAAAUACAUUGGCAUUAAUGAAUCAACAUUAUGCAUAAGCUUUUACUGUAUGUUUCACAAGGUUCUCCUUGGGAUGUUAUUUCAUGAUGAGAACACAAAAGAAGGCAUUGAAUAUGUGAUGGAAGAAAUUAACAAGUAUGUACCAUGUUCUGGUGAUGAAGAAGAGAAAGCUUAUUUGAUGAGCCAAGGAGUAGUUGGGGACCAAUUGUCAAUUGACCGUGGAAUAAAUCAUCUCUUGCAAGUUGCUAAUGGUCUCAAUCCUGAAGAAAGAAAAGAAGGACUCCACAUGGAGAUAGCAGAUUUUCAUGCGCAGAUGAAAUUCUUACAG